CACGAUGCAUCUCAGCACAAUCGGUCAGCCGCAAGUGAUAAAUGCAAACUACCAUUCUUCGGCAUGAAGGGGCGUUUACACAGUGAACGCGUUCAUAAUGCUCUUUACGCGUAAGGGCGAAGUUAAUAAGGGUGCCCUUUUCUCUCUACCCGGCACCCAACGAGUCGAUUACAGGGUGAAUCGAAAGCGCGUGCGCGAAGCGCACAGGCUUUGCCUAUUAGGGGGAACCCCUAAUAGGCACCGACACAUUAAUGCAACAUGAGACACAUUAAUGCAACAAAAUAUUUUGGUGCAAAAUGACCACCAUCUGAACAUGCCGAGAAAGACAAAAACAGCGCAAAAAGCAAGGAAAGCUGCCGCAGCAGCAGGUGCUGCAGCUGCCAAGGAGCUGAAAAUCAUACAGGCUGCUGCUGCGGCAGACAAAGAAGCACAAAUUCAAGCUAUGGUUGAUGAGCUUGACCCAAAUACCAAGAAGAACAAUUACCGGGCUCUUGCAAAAACGUUAAAUAUUAGCCAUACCACCUUAUAUAGGCGCUUGAAAAAAGGGCAACAAAAUAGGUCCGAUGCUCGGAAAUAUAACAAUUCUGCAUUAACCAAGGAGGAAGAAUAUAGCUUAAAGCAGUACAUACUUGAGGCAGAAGUAUAGGGAAUAAGCCUAAACAAGCGCAGUGUACAAUCUUUUACGAUGGAAAUCAGGGUAAAAAGGGUAAAUCCGCCAGAUGAACCUAUGGUUUCGCUGAGAUAGGUAGAUAGGUUUUUAUAUAGGCAAAACCUAUUUACAGGUAUCGUAAAACCACUUAAGGUAGCUCGGUUCGAUAUAUAGUAAAAAGUUAUAAAACUAGCUAAUUAGUAUAAACGCCUAAAUAAGUAAAUAUAUAAGCACGAUAUCACCUUAACUUAUAUUUAGAAUAUAGAUGAAACUAAU